AGUGAAUCUGUGGUGACAACAAGGGCAUUGCGUCUCGACAACUCAUUCCACAGGCUAUGUUUGAUUUUGAUGGGUGACUGCUUCUAGGCUGGGUCAGCUAGCCAACCCCCUUGCCGCUGACGAACGGAUGCGCCUUGAUGAGCGCCGAGAAUAGUUGACCAAGCCUGAGAAUUACGCGCCAAAACCCAGGGAUUAUGAGUAGGGCCAGCGGUGCAUCGGCCCCCAUGUUCCCUGCUGUGGGCUCAUUGAAACACCCACUUAGUCUGUUGCAGCCUGUUGGAGUCCAGCGUGACACGCUAAUUAUAAGUGGGAUACUUACCUACCAAUUACUGCUGAUGCAAUAUCUUUGGAGAGUGACAGGGCGACUUGCUCAGAGUUCCCCGCGCUCUCUGGCAAAGAAAUCUUUCCACACACAUUCGUCGAAUCGCUUGAGGAUACUGAACCUUUCCUUGCCGGACUUGCAUUGUUAUUGCGUUGCUGCUAAUCUUGUCGUGCUGGCCCCUGAUUAGAAGUCAUCGUGAUAAAAUGGUAUACUAUUACACGUCAAAGAUGAGGACCUUAUAACACACGGGUUGGAGAAGGACGUCUGGUACCGUCACCCUUGCGCCAUCGCCGACUACC